AGGCCUUCGGUUCUGCGGCCUCUGGCGCGUAGUCAGGCCUUCUCUGAGGAAGGCUUGCAGUGCGCCUGCGUGGAGCGGGCCUUGCUCUCUCUCUCCCUCCCUCUCCCUCUCCCUCUCUCGCUCGUUUUAUUGCCUCGCUUCGUGGACCGCAGGGUUUCUGCCGCGGCGCUGGCCCGUAACUUCAGACUCGUUCCUGUUGCCUGAGCUGAAAGACUGACGGAUAGUGGCCCGGCCGUGCCGGCGCACGAGAGGAACUUCAAAGAAGCUUCUUCAUCACUGUUUUUUCCCCCCUCGCCUCCCUGCCGCCAGCACCACUGGCGCUUCCAGCGGCCAUGGGUCCGACAUCCCUGUUAUGGAGGCGGUACUGGCGGCGGCGGUGGCUGAGUGACUGAAAACCGAGAGUGCUGUGGGGGAGAAGGCAGCGGAGGCCACGGGGGUCUCCCUGGCGGUGUGUGGUGUCGUGCUGACGGUGUUUUUAACCCUUAGAUGGUCUCUAGCGAGCCGUUGUUGCUGCCUGUGUCACUGGAGGGCGAGUUCUCCAAUAGCAUGAAGGAGAUGAUCGGCGGCUGCUGCGUGUGCUCCGACGAGAGGGGCUGGGCCGAGAACCCGCUGGUUUACUGCGACGGGCAUGGCUGCAAUGUCGCAGUGCAUCAAGCAUGCUACGGAAUUGUGCAAGUACCCACUGGACCCUGGUUUUGUAGAAAAUGUGAAUCUCAGGAAAGAGCAGCCAGAGUGAAAUGUGAGUUGUGCCCUCACAAAGAUGGUGCUUUAAAGAGGACUGAUGGUGGGGGUUGGGCUCAUGUGGUUUGUGCUCUGUACAUUCCCGAGGUGCAGUUUGCAAAUGUUUCUACAAUGGAACCUAUCGUGUUGCAGUCUGUUCCUCAUGAUCGUUAUAAUAAGGUAUAAUUAAAUUAUGACUUUCUUUUCUUUAUAUAACAUUGUUAUUUAAAUUUUUUAAAAAUAUUUUAGAAUUUAUAAAAAUACUUCUAUGAACUCUUGCACUUCGCUUUUUUAUUAAAACAAGUAAAUUAGAAAAACAUCUAAUAAUAAUAUAUUAUAAUUUGUAGCAUGAAGUAAUUUUUGCUUAGUUAAUAUUUCAGCAUAAUCUGAAAUAUUUUAUUUAAAUAGAUUUCCAAAAUAAAUAAAAUGCAUUUUGUAAUAUUUUCAACGUUAUUAGUAAUAAUUGUACUUAGCACUGUUAUGAGCAAAUGAAGGUUAUUAGAAAUGCUAGUUGAGAGCAGAAUGUCAGCUUGUCAUUUAUAUAAUUAUAUAUUUUGUUUCUUACAAAAGUCAAACAUCUUUGGUCAUUGGUUUUGUUAUUGAGAAGGUCAGUGUGAUUCCAGCAGUUCUCCUCUCUCCUAGUAUUGUAAAUUAUAGCUUUCUAUUUGGUAUUAAAUUGAUCAAGCAUAUUGAUAAAUAUCUAAAUAAAUUGGAAGUUGUUUCUUUUUUUGUUAUUUACCAAAAAGUAAUAUAUAAUCAGGUUUAUUUUACUGGUAUGUGAAAAGUUUUCAGUUGUAAAUUUUUUGAAAACUAAAAUAAGGCUAUGGCCUCCUCUUCAGAUAAGUGUUAAACUGUUAUGACAUAAAUUUCAUCCAAUUAUGGUAGCUGUAAUUAAUAAUUAGGGCUCAUUUUUUAAACACCUGGAACAAAGUAUUUUUAAAGUGUAUAGGUAGUCGUUGACUUACAACUGGUCACAUAACAAUUGUUUGGAGUUACAGUGGCCUUGGAAAGGAUUCUGGACAUAUAAAGUCAUUUGGAUUCACUCCCAGCUGAAACCUGUCAAUGGUGUUGGUCCAUAUGAGAUGCCCGAAGAACAGUCUUACCCAGUUAUCUAAGAAUAGUUCAAUCUUGCUAGACCUGAUGAAAUGGGCAGGGUCCUCUCUGCUGUCUGUGCAAUCACCUGUCAAUUGGUUCCUUGUCAGUUUUGAUUGGUGAAAGCUUUCAGGAUAGUGACUACCAGGUGGGUUCAGUAGUUAUUAAUUCCUCACUGCUGAAGGAGAGUUUCUCAGGGCUUUUUAAAAGUAGCCCUGGGUUUGCUGCCUCCUAAAAAAUCCAUCUCUUGAACUCACCUACCUGGACAGUUUUCAUCCAGUUUCUAACCUUUCUUUCCUAGGGAAGGUGGUAGAGAAGGUAGGUUGCUUGGCAGUUUCAUAGGGUCUAGAUGAAGCUGAUUAUCUGGACCCUUUCCAGUCAAGAUCUAGGCCUGGUUAUGGGAUAGAAACAACAUUGGUCACACUUGCUGAUGAUGUUUGGCGAGAGAAAGAUCGGUCUGUCUGCAACUAUACUUUUUGUCCUGGAUGUGUUCAGCAGCUUCAAUACCAUCAAUCGGGUAUCCUUUUGGGCUGUCUGUAGGGUUUGGGGCUAGACAGCACAGUCCUGCAAUGGUUUGGUUUCUUUCUCCAAAGCUGGUUCCAACUGGUUAGGAAGUGAGACAUCCAGGGCAACUCCUUUAUGACAUGUUGCAGAGCUCAGUAUUCUUUCCACUCUUUUAACAUUAUAUGAAACCACUGGGUGAGAUCAUUUGUCACCAACUCUAUAUUUCUACCCAUGGUGUCCCAAGUGAUGCUAUUGCUGCCCUUUUGUGUUGCUGGCGCCCUGAGAGUCUGGAUGGGGGACAACAUACUUUGAUUGAACCCUGGCAAGGCCAAAUUACUUUGGGUGCUAGGAUUGUUGAGAUCCAGAGGUUUGACAUAUCUAAUGGGUUUAUACAACCCCAAAUAAACCUGAUGCACAACUUGAGGGUUCUCCUGGACUUGUGAUUCCUGCUUUAAAAGCAGGCAGAAGUCAUGGCUAGGAGAGCAUUUGCACAACUCAGUGCUGUGCGUAAGUUACAACUUUUCUUGGAUUGGGAGUACUUGUGCUUAGUUACUCAAGCCUUGGUCAUUUCAUGCCCAGACUAUCGCAAUUUACUCUAUAUGGGCCUAGAAGUGUAAUUGGAAGCUACAACUGGUGCAAAAUGUGGUAGCACGGGCUGUUGUUGAGGCUUCUAGGGUGCCCAUAUUACAUAAUUGUUGGAUUACUUAUGUGCAAUUCAAGUUAUUGGUUAUCAUCUUUAAAGCCCUUCAUGGCAUGGGUCCAGGCUCUCUGGAGGAACAUCUUACCAUAAUGGGAUUGGCCCACUCCAAACUUGCCGGCAGAGGGAGCAUACUGCAGACCCCAUCAGUCAAGGAAUGUCCAUUGAUGGGGCCCAUGAGCAUAUGGGCAGACUUAACCAUAAUUUAAUGGGGAAACUGUGACCAUCCUAAACUAAACUUACUCCAAAAAUUGUAUCAAUAGCAAAUCAAUAUUAAUAUCAAAUCAAAAGGCACAUAGACCUGAAAAACAUCUACAUAUUGUGCAAAAGAGGUAAUCAACAAGCAAGAAAGUAAAC